AUGUCAGCACCCUCCAGCGACGGCCGCCCCUCCUUCUCCUCCGAGCCGUCAGCCAGGUCGUCGCGCACCUUCGCCUCCAGCUCCAAGACGCCGCCCACGCACGUCGGCUAUGGCGAGGGCGGCUCUUCACCGCGCCAGAGGAGCAGCAGAGACGCCAGCGCCGUCUCCCAGGGGUCAGGGAGCAGUCCGCUGGGCGCAGACGCCAUUGACGAGCACGACUUUGCCCACCGCCGGCCGCGCGCGGGCAGGUCUGGCGGCGGCGGCUUCUUGCUGGACCCCGGCUUCCCCGGCCCUCGACACAGCGCCCGCCAUGUCAAAACGCCUGACAGCAAGGGCAAGAGCAGGAGGACGACGUCGCCAGGCAGCUCGCCGCCGGCCGAGGCAGACCACCACGGCCGACUGCGCAUGCCCAAGGCCAGAAGCAGCGUGCCCCCGCCGGCCGUCGACCCCAACCAGCUCGUGCACAUGGCCCUGAACCUGAGCGAGAGCCGGCGCCGCAACAUCAGCGCCUCGCAGCUGCUGGGCUCCCAGUCCAGGGCCCCGUCUGCCGCCCAGCGCGAGGGCAGCUUCUCCAACGCCGGCGUGGGCAGCAGCCUGAGGCAGUACCUGAACGAGCAGCGCAGGGUGUCGCGCAACAUGUCCCCCAUGGGCGGCAGAGGCUCGCCCUCGCGCCACAUGUCCACGGGCAUGCAGCGGAGCGCCUCCAUGGCGCUGCCCACCUCCCAGGCCGCCAACCCCUCGCUCGCGACCCUCGUCCGACGAGACAAGGCACGCGCAUACAUUGAGCUUCGAGCAGAGUACAUGCGCUUGCUGGAGCUCCUGCCGCCGCUCAAGGCAGACGCCCACGCCCCGGGCAACUUCAUCUACUCGUCAAACGCCGUCCCCGGCAGCCCCACGGCACAGCUCACACGCACGCCGUCGUAUGCCAACAAGCAGCACGACCUGGGCCGCCCCUACAACCCCAUCCAGGCUCUCCGCAACCGCAGGAGCAGAGCGCGCGAGCGGCUCGCGCUUCCCCACGAGCCUGCACACUUUGCCGACAUCGACCAGGUCCACGACUGGGUCGACCAGGUCGCCGAGCAGUCGGGAAAACCUGGGUACCGCCGAGAAGACGGCGUAGAGCUGCCAGCGCUGCACACGGACCACGAGACGCAGGCCCAACAAGCCAAACCCCCAAAGUCACACCAGGGCUGGAGCUUUACCCCAGAAGAGCUGCUCGCGGACGCAUACUGGCUCGAGCACGGCGACAACAAGACCACCAUCGAGGACCGCAACGGCCGCAAGAUUUUUGCUCGGCGCGAGCCACCCAAGCCGCAGAAGCACGACUUUCUGUCACCACGACCCAGCAACGAGUACGCCGACAAGAGACGACGAAGCUGGGUGGAUGGCCUGCCUGGCACCGCCGACAACACCGCCGACGAGAGCGAGCAUGGCAGUGAGCGUGGCCGCAAGCGACGGCUGCUCCCCACCAUCCGCGCCGACUCGCGACUCCGCAAGGGCAGGGGCAGUCCGCGGAAACACUCGGUCGGCUACAGCGAAUCGUCCGACUCCGACAUCGAUGCACGUAGGACUCGAAAGUCGUUUGAUGCCGAGCACAACACGGGCCCGCUCGCGCUGCAGAUGAAGAAGAAGCUCGAGCUGCAGACCAAGGGCAUCGACUCGAAAGCAGCGGCUACCUUUACGCCGGACACGCCCGACAAAUGGGGGAAGGCCCUCGACGACGUCCCUGAUGGAAAGGUGUCACGCAACUCGCUGGAAGUGCCUCGAUUCGUGAGCAGCGCUGCGAGGAUAGACCAGAAUGCUGCGCUCAAGAUGCCCCCCAGAAAUCGCACGAACCCCCUGUCGCCCAUCAAGUCGGCAGAACCGCGGUCGUCGAUCGAAGAGGACAGCACCGCACCGAGUACGCCACUCUACGCAAAACACUUUCCACACAUGGGAAGCGACCUGUCUCCACCGCCCAGCAGAGCGGGCUCAGAUCUCGGCAAGGCCAAACGAAGCAAGUUGAACAUCUUCCACUCUUCUCACGACCACGACGGCAAGCACGAGCACGAGACGGCAGGCCUCGACAAAAAGCAGGGUUCUCGACAGACGAGCGAGGAGCAUCAGGAGUCGAGCAGCCGUGGGACCGCCAUCUUCGCAGCACCCGGCGCGGUGAAGAACCUGCUCAGCCAUCGCAAAGGCGACAGCGUCAGCAGCCUGCCGAGUCCAGACAAGCUGCGUCGCAGGGAGACUCAGGAUGCCAAAGAGCCUCACUCUGCCGUGACGCGUUUCUUCAAGGGCGUGAAGCACGAAGGGACCAAGGUCGGCGACAUCAUCUUCAGACGAGACCGGGCAGACGACACAGACGCAAGCACCGUCUCCGACCGCAACUCGGUCGAAUUUGACGACGACCGCCGACCCACUCUCUCACGGACCGUCACUUCGACCACAGCAGGCAGCGCCACCUCGGAGAAAGACGCGGGAUAUCAUCUCCAGCUCCCCUCAUUCCGUCCCGCCCACGCAGCGCUCAGCGACACCGACGAUGCAUCCGACCCCGAACACCACAUAUCACGCCAGUCCCGGGAACGCCGCACCGCUCGUUCCCCACGCAUCGACCGACUCCUGCCGCCGCGCAUGGACCUGGAGCGUGUGUCGUCAGCCUCUUCGGCGGCGACCCUCGGACCCGUCCGCAGCCGCGACCAAGACCACGUGCACAAGCAGCUUGCCCGCCCUGGCAGCGUGUUCCCAGGCGUUCCUCCGCCGACAGGCCUCAAGAACGCCCAAAACAGGCACCGCAGCACCUCUCGCCCCACUCUCGACGGCAAGCGACAAUGGAGCAUCGCGGACGGCGACGACGAGCAGCAGCGGGAGAAACGGCAGAACGUGGCCACCCAAGCAGACAUCGCCCGCGUGCGCGCACUCUUCCUCUGCUCCGGCGUCAAAGCCAAGGAGAUUGCUCGCCGCGCGCAGACGCCCAGCUCUCAAGCACCGCACUUCCUCACGCUCGCCGCAGAAACCGCAAAGGAGCAGCUCUUCCCGGUGCCGAGAAAGGAAGAGCACGUGCUCGCAGCUCGCAUCCUCGUCCACGAUCUCGAGCGCUCGACGUCUGCGCUGCACGCUGCGUGCGAGCAGUUCCGCUCCGGCACCAUCAAAGACCUCAACACGCGCAUCACGCACCUCCGAGACAGCAUCGAGAGCGACCUCAUGCCACGCAUCUUGGAGAGCGGCGACAAAGCCGUGCACAUCACCAGCGAAGUCUCGGGCCAGGGGCCGCUGCAGGUCAAGCAGAUCAACGACGAGAUCGACCGCAUGCUGCGGCAGCGGAGACGCCACACGAGGUGGAUCAUGAGCUGGGGAUGGUCGGCGGUCGAGUGGACGAUUGUCGUUGCACUGCGGUUUGCCUCUAUCCUCUUUGCCUUGUACGGACUGCUGAAGGGUGCUGUCGGCAUGGUCUGGGGUGUCGUGAGGUGGUUGCUGUGGCUUUAG